UCUGCUUGUCAUGCGGCUCUCUGUGCUUCCCCAGCAACUAAGCGCCAGAGACUCGCACCCCUCCCUCCUGCAUUGCGUCCGUCAUUAAAAGAACCCCGUGUAGCCAAAUCCUGCAGCCGUCAAACAUCCUCGCGUGUUAAAACUCAGCAAGGCGCUGGGCUGUCGUGCUGACUGAGCGCAUCUUCCCAUCCGGAGCGAGUGACCAGUGCGCACGAGGUUGGCAUUGCCAGAAUGGCGACGUGAAGUGGCAGUAACCGGCUUUUUACCGUCAUAGAUCUGCAGCGUGACAGCGGCUGGCAUUUUGUGAAUGAGAAAUCUGUCCAUCUGAGUUGUUCAUCAUGGAAAUUUGCUUGCGUCUAACCCGCCCGAGUCAAAGGAACUCUAGAAAACAGACUCUGAUACUCGGCAAAUAGCACAGACUUUAGUCCGAGACUCUCGGCCCUAUUUUUAUUCAGUUUAUUGUAUAUUUAAUUUUUAUAGUAAUUUAUUGAAUUAUUUUCAUACCUCACUUUUUGUUUACAUAGUAAAUAUUUUAUUUUUUGUUAAUUUUGAAUUUAUCUUGAGCCAAAUCUAAAUAUGGAAUCAACAACAGCUUUCAGUGCAGUAACCAGUGCCCUUGGCACCCUAGAUGUGCAUAUAAUGGCUCCGUACCUUUGGAUGCUUGUGUUGGGUUUUGUCAUAGCUUUUGUACUAGCAUUCUCUGUUGGAGCCAAUGAUGUGGCAAACUCUUUUGGAACAGCAGUGGGCUCUGGUGUGGUCACCUUACGACAGGCUUGUAUAUUGGCAUCCAUCUUUGAGACAGUUGGCUCGGUCCUGCUUGGGGCUAAAGUGAGUGAAACCAUCCGCAAGGGACUGAUUGACGUUACCAUGUACAACUCUACUCAGGAGCUGCUAAUGGCUGGUUCCAUCAGUGCAAUGUUUGGUUCUGCUGUGUGGCAGCUUGCAGCUUCUUUCAUGAAACUCCCAAUCUCUGGAACCCAUUGCAUUGUUGGAGCAACUAUUGGCUUCUCUCUCGUUGCCAAAGGACAACAAGGUGUAAAGUGGAUUGAACUUCUUAGAAUUGUUUUAUCCUGGUUUAUCUCUCCUCUUCUUUCCGGCAUCAUGUCUGCCCUUCUGUUCUUGUUUGUUAGAAUGUUCAUCCUUCGCAAGGCUGACCCUGUCCCCAAUGGUCUUAGAGCUCUUCCAGUCUUCUAUGCUUGUACGAUUGGCAUUAAUCUUUUCUCCAUUAUGUUCACUGGUGCACCACUGCUGGGGUUCGACAAGGUUCCCCUGUGGGGCAUCAUCCUGAUCUCUGUUGGUUGUGCAGUAUUAUGUGCCUUGAUUGUUUGGUUUGUCGUCUGCCCCAGAAUGAAACGCAAGAUCGAGUGUGAAUUCAAGUCAAGCCCGUCGGAGUCACCACUUAUGGAUAAGAAGAAUCAGGAGCUUCGCUGCCCUAUCCUAAAGCCAGACCCAGAAGAUCUCAAGCUACCUGUAGAUGGAGGGAUUGUUGCAGAAGUAAAGGUUCCCAUACUUGACAUGGUCUCUGUAUCCAGAACAGAGGAAAGAACGGUCACUUUCAAGAUGGGAGAGUGUGAUGACCCUAUAGAGAAAGAGAAGCUUAAUAGCAUGGAGACCAACAUUGACCAACCAACGAAUGGGAGUGUGCAGCUGCCUAAUGGGAACCAUGUACAGUUCAGUCAGGCAGUCAGUAACCAGAUGAACUCCAGCGGACAGUAUCAGUACCACACUGUGCACAAGGAUUCUGGCCUUUACAAAGACCUCCUGCAUAAGCUGCACCUAGCCAAGAUGGGAGACUGCAUGGGAGACUCUGGAGACAAGCCGCUACGGCGCAACAAUAGUUACACCUCUUAUACUAUGGCAAUAUGCGGCAUGCCCCUCGACUCCCUCCGUAACCGCGACACAGAAGCGCGACCUGAUGAAGCAGAGAAGUCUACCGUGCAUGGAGCUGAUGGAAAGAAAAGAAUUCGUAUGGACAGCUAUACGAGUUACUGCAAUGCUGUGGCAGACACACACAUGGAUGUUGAAGCAGAGGAGCAGGAGGAAGGAAGUGUUGAGGAUGUAGAAACAGACAGAAAGAGCAGCAGUUCCUCUUUAGAAGAACGUCAUGACCAGGACAAGCCAGAGGUGUCCCUGCUCUUCCAGUUCUUGCAGAUUCUCACUGCAUGCUUUGGUUCCUUUGCGCAUGGUGGAAAUGAUGUCAGCAAUGCUAUUGGCCCACUGGUGGCUCUGUACCUGGUUUAUGAGACUGGAGAUGUGACCACCAAGGCUGCCACUCCCAUCUGGCUGCUGCUGUAUGGAGGAAUCGGUAUCUGCAUUGGUCUGUGGGUUUGGGGACGUAGGGUCAUUCAGACAAUGGGCAAAGAUCUAACUCCAAUUACUCCUUCCAGCGGCUUCAGUAUUGAACUGGCAUCGGCCCUGACUGUUGUAAUCGCUUCAAAUGUUGGUCUCCCAAUAAGUACUACACAUUGUAAGGUGGGCUCUGUCGUGUCAGUGGGAUGGCUGCGGUCUAAGAAGGCAGUAGACUGGCGCCUCUUCAGGAAUAUCUUCUUGGCCUGGUUUGUCACUGUUCCAAUCUCUGGCUUAAUCAGUGCCGGCAUCAUGGCACUCUUCAAAUACGCCAUCUUGAAGGUGUAAAGGACAUUCUAUCAAUUGCUGCACAGAAUCAUCUCUCAGGACCACAGAUCAGUGCAUGCGGCUCAUCAAAGCUUACAUUGUGGGCAGAAAUGUGCCGGUGUACGACCCCCUCUCCGGCUGGAAGCACUAUCAAAUUAUCCUAUAGUCUGCUGGUCUGCCAGGUGGAGGGUUAUCAAAGAACUAAAGGAGGAUAAAGAAAGAAGUGAAUCGCCUCCAGUGCUGUAAAAACAGCUUUUUAUGCUUCAGAAUUUGACAAAUCCUCUUCCCAAUCUUUUAAUGUACACAUACAAAUCAUUCCUCAGUAUUAAUGUAGUCCUUCUGUAUAUAAACCUGCCUGUUCUAGCUGUCUUUUUACAGUAAAUGUCCAUCUUUUGCUCUUGUUUUAUAUCACAUUGAUGUAACCCCCCCCCACCCAGUAUUUGGAUCUUUUCUCCUCCCACCCCCUAACAAAACAUGUUUUCCAUGUCAUUGCUUUAGGCACCAUUGUUUUAUCAGUGAAAUUGUUAUAUCACUAAAUGCAAGGCAGACGCUUCCUGAGGGACUAGAUUAGGCAAACUGCAAAUAUAUUUUCUGCAUUCAUAAAGAUGAUUGGCCUUAUUGGAUAACACCAACAGAUACUCGGGCUAAGGACUGACUAUCAUGAAGGAAGAAAUCACUUUGUUGUGGGUGUUUCUAUUAUUCCAAAAUCAAAUAUAUCAUUUUUUUUUCUUUUUAAAUCUAUAUUGUUUUGGGGCUGAGGGCCACAUGAAGGAGGAGAUCAUAUGGGUAGCGAUAUUACAAUACAGCUGGAGUCUUGCAAUGUCCAUAUCAGUGGUUUGUUUUUGAUUUUGCUGCUGUGAAGCCAAAAUAAAAUAGCACUAAUCCA